UAUCUAUGGGUGCUACUAUUUUUCGUGUUCGGCUUUUAUCAUAUUUGGAUAAUUGUCUCUGACCCGUCCAUGACAUUAGAGUACAAUUUAUAGACUAUUCUGAGUUCAUAACUUUUUGAAAACUUUGCUGAACAACUGUAAAUAAUUUUCAAUAAUUGAAAUCUAAUAUAUUAUUAUGUUAUUUUUUAAAAAAAUGGCAUAAGUAUUAUAAUAAAUAAGUAACUUAAUUUCACAUUUUGUGAAUUCUUGCUCACAAUGGCCGGAUUAGAAUCAUUCAACAUGGGUAACCAAAGACACCGACCAUCAAGAAGUAUAUCAGAACAUCCCCCACAACUAGAAACUAAUAUGUUAGAUACAGAAAUGAUGAGACAACAACGAGAGAAAUUCAUUAAAAUGACUAGGGACAAAGGUAAUUUCAAAAUUAAAUUAUAGUAUAUUGAUACUAAUGUUCUAUAUAAUAAUAAAUUAUAACUUCUAAGCUAAAUAAUAUUCCACAUUUUUAUUUUCAGAUGUAUUAGUUAAUGGUACUGUAAACAAAUGUCUAAAACCAACAUGUCUUAUUUUACAACAUGUCGUGAGCUAUCCAUUAAUUGUAUUACGAAGACAAUGCCAAGUAUACCAUGUUUUAUUUUUAAAUUAUACAUGUCCUAUUGCAUACAUUCAAUGGCCUAUUUGGGAGAUAGAUUCCCUUCCUUAAUAUACUUUUUUUCUAUAGUACAUGGACAUUAAAUUUUAUUAAUUAUUAACUACCUUGGAGUAUUGUUCAGUGUUUUCUUCAUUUUUGUAAAUAUAGUAAGAAAAAUCAAUUAAUUGAAAAUAAACAAAUAUGGGGUAUACAUAGGCCUUCUAGGGUCGGAUCCAAAAAUUCUUCAUGGAACUGAGAGGAGGGGCAGAAAAUACCAUAUUUUAGAUAUGUGCAUUUCAAUGUUAAAAUAAUAAAAUUUAAAAUAAAUAGGAGAAAUGUUUUAUAAAAUAAUUUAGAUUGUUAGAUUUUCUAAUUAAGAAUUAGAAAAUAAUAAUUAUUAGGUAAUUGUCUUAGUUUUUGUUCAGUCUAGAAUUCCUAUAUUAUAUGCAAGUAUUGGGAACGUCAAAUUGUUAUGUAUGUUAUUUGAUGUCACUUCCCUCCCUUGAAUAAUUCCUUAGUAUGCUUCUGUAUACUACUGAAUACAAUUAAUAGAUAGUUUAAUGUAAAAUGUUUAAUUGUUUCAGCUACAUUAUGCUUCUACUUACUAUCAUAUAGUACCAUUUACCUUAAUACCAGUUGUGUGUAGACUUGUCAAGAGUCAAGGUGUUUCUGUUUUGUGGAAAGGAUUUGGAACUGUGUUACUUUUAAAAGGAAUGACAAUGGCUGUUGAAGCAUUUUUGUCAGAAAUAUUUGAUUUACCAAAGUAAUUUAUUUUAUCUAUGAUAUAGCUAAUAUUUCAUUGGCUUUAAUAUAUUAUGUUUUCAGAGAUGCUGAUUCCUUAAAUAAUUUGAAAAGUUUCGGAAAACAUGUUUUAUUAAAAUGGUAAUUAUUAUUAUUUUAUAGUAAGUACGUACAAUUUUCAUUAAGGACAGAUUUGUUUAAACAAUUUUCAAUAAUAUUCGAAAAUUAUAAACCCUAUAAAAUAUGAUGCAAAAGCAUCUAGUUUAAGUAUAAUUUAUAUAGAUACAUAAUAAUUAUAUUAUUAUGAAAUAAAUUCCAAUUAACAUAUGUUUAUUUAAACAAGAUUUAACACCCUUGGUCUGUCACCUGAAAUAACUUGUUUUAUUUUAUUUUAUUUUGUAAAAUAAUUAGUUUACUUCUGUGUUCUUCUACUCAUAUUCAAUUCUGUGAUUGGUUUGCAACAAUUCUCCAUUCUUCUUUGUGUCUCGCUUUACUUUUAACCUGUUAUAUGAAUUAUAUCCUUGGUGCAUCUUUAUUUGUUGCACAUAUUUUAAACCCAUUCUUCCCCUAUAAUUAUUACCUUAUAUUAAUCUAACUCUUGUAAACUUUCAUGUAUGUGGUUAAUCUAUUAAUUUAUUCUUUUCUUGAUAGUAUUCAUUAUAAUUUUCCUCUUUGACAGUCUUUCUAAUACUUCUUUGUUUGUAUAUCUUUAAGCAUUCUCCUAUAGCACAUCUCAAUUAUUCUAUUAUUUUAUAUUCUUUAGUAACCGCUCACAUUUUACUGCCAUGCAAUAUUAUGCUCCAAACAUAGGUUUUAAGAAGAUUCUUUCUAAUAUGUAAACUUAUAUUUUUUAAAAUAAAGAGCCCCUCAGAUGACAAAAUUGAUGUACUUUGUCCAAUUUUUGGGUCAUUUCCAAAUAAAGUUUUAUAAAGGCUAUAUCUGAUUGUUCGAUCGAAUGAACUAUUUUUUUGAAAUUUAACAAAAUAUAAUCCAAUACUCCACUUUUUGGAUUUAUCAUCAACCAUCCAUAUUCUUGUGUUCUACAUCAUGGUAAGAACUCAUACAUAUUAUAUACAAUACAUAUUUUUCAAAACAAUAUUUUCAUAAGAAAAUAAAUUUGAAAUGAUAAGGGAGUACUAUAUAUAUUACUUAUAUUUUUACUGUAUUUUUCGAAAGAAAAAAAACCCAAAGAAUUAUUUUUCUGACAAAACACAAUUCUAUACAAGACAUUUGAGGUGUGGAUCAAAAAGAAAAAAUAUAAUUUAUGAAUAAGGUCUGAUUUUUAUGUUAAAAAACUAAAAAUGUAGUAAUGCUCAUAUUUUUUAAAAAUAACUACAAAUAUUUUCUUUAUAUUCUUUUAAAUAAUAUAAAAAUAUGUUUUUUUUAUGCAAAAAUGAUCAAUCAAAAACAAAAUAUGCUUUAAUAUGCAUUUCAAAUUGAAUAUGAACUAGUCUAAAAUAUUAUAUUAAUUUACCUUAUGUUUUCAUCUGCCGUAUUUUGUUUGUAUAUUAAAUACUUGUUCUCUGCUGUACUAAAUGCAUCAUUAUCACUAUUCGAAUAAAUAAUAGUAAGCAAGAUUAAAAUUUGUGGGUAUAGCUUAAUUUUUUUCUAAUUACAUAAACGUGUUAAAAUUUAUAUUUGAAUUAACUAAUUUUAUUUUUUAUAACUAUUGAAGUAAGUCCUAAAUUACUUACAUUUUGAUUUUUCACAUUUCUACUCUUCAUUAAUCGUCUGUAAUAAAGUACAUUUAAUGAACAGUUUUUUUUUUUUAAUUUUCAUUUAGAUUUUCAUAAUAUGCAUUUCUUUUUUAUCAUUUUUAUUUAAAAUUGCUGUGUUAAAUUCACAUACUAACUACACACACAAGUACCUACGUCAAGUAUACAAUAGACAAUCACUUACUUAAUAAUAUUUGUUGAAUAACUUAAAAUUAAUAUAGGUAUCCAAAAAGGAAAAUUAUCGGAUGUAGAAUUACUGGAAUUCAAUUUGAUAUCUCUCUCAUAUAAUACAGAGAAUGAGUAUCACAUUAUUAUUUUUAUCUUUAUUUGUAUAAUUUGUAUGGUUUAUCAAAAAUAAAAUUUAAUGUAUUUUUAAAUAAGCUAUUAUAAUUAAAUAGUGUACAAUUUAUCUAUUGUCAAUAUAAUUAAAAUUUUCAUCAUAAUUCACAAUCUGGAUGAAACAUAUAUAUAUAUAUAUAUAUAUAUAUUAAAAAUAUUGAAGAGUAUUAAAGUUAUUUCAGGUGACAGAUCUUUAUAAUACACACUGUAGUCUGUAUGCAACUAUAGAAGACAGUUAAUAAUUACAUUUUGAUGAAAAUAAAUCAAGUUAUAAGUAAAUAUAUUUAAUAUAAUUAAUUUAAAGAUAAAAAGAUGUAUAUACUUUAUACAAUCAUUGGGCCACUGUUGUAGGUGAGUAGUUGGAAAGAUAGGAUAUAGAGAGGAAUUGAAUUUAUAUUUGCACACACCAAUAAACCAUUGGUUACGAAAAACAAUUCAGAGUGAAGUUCAUUUUAUACAUGUACCUAAAUUUCCCGGUUUUUCCCAAUUAUUAUGAAUACUCCUUAGAAAAUCAAAAAUGACAUGUUUAAAGUAUCAACUAGAUAAAAUUUCCUUUCAAAAAAGAUGAUGAAAUAAAAAUUUAAACAGACAUCAUUGUAAAACCAAUACAUUCCGUACUACAAUCCGAAUCUAAAAUUAAUGUAUAAAGAUAAAUUUUUGAAGUGAAGAAUAAAAUAAUCUUCAUGAUGUAUAGAAUUUCCUAGACAUUAAAAUAUAAAAUUGAAAAAAUAAAAAGGCUGCUUAUUUCUUGUUAUGAUGGUUGGGUUGGUUUAAAAUUCAGUAGACUAGUUGGUGCUGUGCAACUUAUAUUUUCAUUAUUAUAUUGUAUUCAAUAUAAUUUAAAGACAGGGUGUUAUACACUGUUAUUUAAAUACUAAUAACUCUGUCAAUAUUAUUAUUUUUUUUUUUUUUUUAAAUAAUUUUUCAAUUUGGUUUUGUGUCAAGAAGACAUGAAUGUAAAAAUGAAAUUUCUUAUUUUCAUUCCUUUAUUAUCAACAAAACUACAGAGAAAAUCAAAAAACAAAUAACUUACUAAUGAGCUAUAUUAAAAAUGCAACAAAGAGGUCUCUUGUUGUUUAUUUAUUUAAUAUUUUAGCAUGUUUAAGCAAUAUUUAUGGUAGAAAAUAAAACUGAACAAAUUUAAAAUAAUGAAAUCGUUCUGUAAUUUCCUUGUAAAAAAUUAUAUACUUCAUUUUUUUAGGUUUUUCUUAAUUAUUAUGAAAAACACAUUAAAUAUAUAAAAAUGUAUUUAUUAUAUAUUAUUCUCUCAGUGGCAAUAUAUUAAAAAGAACAAACUUGAUUUCUUAUCAUUUUUUGAUUGGAGUAUUAUUUCUGGUAGAAAACAUUGUGUAAAUAUAAUAAAAACAAUGAAGAUGGUACCACAGCGGUGCACUGUAAAUAUUUGUUGGUUUAGUUAUAAUUUACUUUCGGACCAUCGGCCAUACUUUAGUCAAAUUGUAUUUGUGAAUUGUCAAAACUUUUAAAUAACUUAACUAUGUAAAAAUCUGAAACAGAAAUACCAACGUAUAAAAAAAAAAUGUACAUAUAUUACACAACUUUGACAAUAUUACUGUACCGAAAAACAUUUAUGCAUAUAAAUAUACCUCUUAGUAUAUUACUAAUAUUACAGUAAUUGUGAUCUAAAAAGUGUUUAUAAUUACAUAUUUACAGUGCAAGCUUGGGUAUUAUUACACCAUUUUAUUCAGCAUGCCUAGUUGAAACUGUUCAGAGUAAUAUUGUAAGUGAAAAUACUGCAUUUUAUGAUGUAUUCAAAGAAGGUUUUAUUAGACUUCUCCAGUGGAACUGUCCCCAAAAGGGUAAGUUAAAUUUAUUUUAUAUUUGUUUACAGAGUUUGUUGUUCAACUUAUACAUAAGAAAAACAAAUUUAAUUAAUAACCUUACUAAACAUUUUACAUCAAUUUUAAUUAGUUGAUACUGAGUUGUAAAUGGAAAAUUAAUUAAAGAGGAUCCAUACAGUUAUUUAAUUUUUAUCUGAAAACAUAGCUAACAAAAAAUGAUUCUGAGGGUAAUUUGGUUGCACAUGUUUUGAAAUGUCAUAAUUUUAAUGAUUUUUGUAAAAUUUGGAUUUAAAAAAGCUUAUAAUAAAACAAGCAUACUAAACUUUUUAAAUUGCUAAGUACAACCUAUAGUGAACCUAGUGUUAAAUUUGACUAAUGACUGUGAUGCCUCAGCUCAAUCAAUUAAAUAAUAACAAAUAAUAUUUUCCAAUUUCAGAGCAGUUUUAAAACAUAUUUGGGUCAAUUUUUUGAAUGAUAUUAUUUUAUUGAAAUUCAUUUUUGGCUAUUUCUUAGAGAAUUUUUCAAUAGUUUUUGUGCAUUUAAAUUCCAGGUCCCAAGUCUUUAUUAUUAUAUAGCACAAAAUAUAUUUAAAGAAAAAAAAAUAUUAAAAGUAAAAAUUCUACAAUUUAAAAAAAAUUAAAUAUAAUAUUCUCUCUCUUGCUCCGUUCAAAAUCUUAAACAAUAAUCUAUAAGUAAUUAUGGAUUAAUAUCUAAUUUGAAUAUAACAUUUUAGGCCGAAUGCUGCCAGUUUGGAUUAUAGUUACGCCCACAGUAACACAUGGAGUUUUAAAAUAUCUAACUAAUAUAUUAGUCAGUAAAAGUGUAAAACACAUCUUAGUCAUGUAUGAAUUGCAUAAACUUCGUAAGACAGGUGCAAUACCAAAAGAUUAUGAUUCUACAUCUUUGGAUAACGAACGGAUAGAAGCAGUUUCUGAUUUAAUAACUUGUGCAGUCAGUGAUAUUAUUCUUUUUCCUUUGGAGACAAUUAUGCAUCGUCUAUAUCUGCAAGGCACACGAACUAUAAUUGACAAUUUAGAUACAGGCAUUUCUGUGAUGUCAAUCACAACUGCCUAUACAGGACCAAUAGACUGUUUUGUGACCACUGUCACAGAAGAAGGGCGAUUAGGUUUGUUCAAAGGUUUUGGUGCAUUAUUACUUCAAACAGUAUUAGUAGGGAUGUUGUAUAAAGUAAUGAGAAUAAGUCUUGAAAAAGUUGUUGAAGCUUACGCUUCAUCAUCUAACAGUCCUCCACAAACAUUAGUUAAUAUACAGAAUAAUCAAACAAAUACACCAGAACAAUCUGGAAUUGAGUUACCCGAUUUUAGACCUAUAAUGCGAUCAACAUCAUUUAUGAUGUAAAUACUAUUCACUAUUUUGGCUGUUUAAUUUAUAUUUAAUGUUCUGUAAUAUUAUAUUAUGUACCAUCACUAGUUGAAUAAAUAAUUAUGUUUUAUAAAAAUGUUAGAAUUUAUUUUAGUCCUUGAACUUCAAAUUAAUUAUUAUUACAGAUGAGUGGAAUUAUAUUAUGUAAAUACAAUAGUAAAGAAAUAGUAGAACCACUGAUAAUGGUACUAAUAUUAAAUAAGUUAUAUUUAUGUAUUAUAAUUUUUUUAAAUGCAUAAAUAAUAAAAACAUAAUAAAAUAUAUCAAAUGUAUUAAUAAUUGAAUUAAAUAAUUUAAAGUGUGCCAUAAUUUCUACAUUCCUGUAAGGUUUUAGAGCUAAAAAAUGAGUUUAAUACAUAUGCAUAAUAUUUAAGGUUCUCACUUUUUCACUGUUGCAGUUGCACUGUGAAGAACUGGCCUGGGAUUAAGGUGCAAUCUUGAUUUAAAAAUUGUAUUAAAGAAAAAUAAAAUUGAUGUCAUCAAUAAAUUAGAAUAAUGUGUAAUAUAAAAUUAUAUACUUUCAAAAAAUAGUUUUAAAAUUAAUAAUCACGGUGAAAAUAUGUAUGUAGAUAAAUAAAUUGUACCUUUAAAAUAUUUAAUACUUACUGUCUAUGUUUUGUAUAGGUAUUUAAGCAUUUUAGGUUUCAAAAAAAAAAAAAAAACACCAAGAACUCACAAUUUUCAUCACCAAUAACAGUAACUAUCAUUAAAUCAAUACAUCAUAAAGUAUUUAUUUAUUUAUAUGUAUGAAUGGGCUAAUGCCCAAUUAAAAAUUGUUACAUAUAACAUAAUAUAAUAUAUAGUAUAACAAUAUAACAUUUUUAACAAUCAUGAGCUAAUGACAUUUAUAUAUUAAGGGAAGAGUGAUCCUCAUUUGCCAGUUUCAUUAACCGAUUGAUUAGUUCAUUAAACAUGUAAUUUGUUGUGCAGAGAGGAAUAUGGAAAGAAAUUUUAUUGUGAGUAGAUAGUGUAGGAAUUUUAAAAUUGACAAGUCUAUGGCAGAAGAGAUAAGUUUUACUAGGUAGGACAUAUUAUGUGAGUAACGAUUGUCAGCUGAGGUCAGGAAAAUAGUCAUGGGGUAGGCAGGGUAUAUUUAAAGUAUAAUUGUUAGUUUGACAAAUUUAAC